CAAUUUACGCUCACUCGAAACUCGUCAAGUCAGUGCGAACCCUAUAUUUGGUUGUGCGAACCAUGGAAAAGAUUACAAAGUAUCCGAAAUAAAACGACGUUUUGACGAGUUCAAGAUGGCGAAAUCCUGGAAAAACUUGGAAAAUCAAGGAAUGUCACUGGAUUCAUUAUUCCAUCAAGGAAUAUCAGAGAAAACUGAAAAGUAAUCAGGUCAUCCUCAUCACAACAUCGUCAUCAACAUCAUCAUCGUCGGCAACGACAACGGGAUCAUCAUCAACAGCAGUAACAACAGCGUCGGUAUCACGUCGGUACGGACGGCGUCGCCGACACCGACGUCGUUUGGCGGUGGGUUAAGCGCAGAUUCGAUUCAACUGCCGUCCGGAGUGGACGUGUUUUCGCCGGUGCUACCAGACCGUUGCCAUGUGCAUCCGAUAAUGUUUCUGCUGCUGGUGGAUUUUUGCUAAGGGCAAUUCCUAUAUUUUGAUUCUCCGGUUGUUUGGUCGUGGCUGUUGUUGCUGUGAGUGUGUAUGCCGUGGGAAAUUUAUUUUUAAUUGAGUGUACGUUCGCGUUGAUGAAGACUGUUUUUUUUCUUCGGUUGGUGUCGCUAAGUUCGGGACUUUGCAAGAUCGAGCACCUGGCACCGGGAGGUGAUGGAUUGUUUGAAUUGUGCUACAAUGUAGUGCAGAGUGGAUGCUGUGAAGGAGCCAACCGGUUGAUUGUGAAAUGCACUGCAAGAAAUUGAUCGAUUCGCCGCCUAUAAGACAAGAAGCUGAAGAGCGGUGAAAUGUUUGCUGGUGUUGUUAUUAUUUUGCGGUAUGGAGAAAAUUGAUUAAAAAUAACUUCCCGCGUUCGCGAGUUCAUCGAAAACUGUCGGCGAGGAAGAAAUACGUGCUUGCGAAUGUGGCCAGUUUCGGUGUGAGAAACGGCGGAAAAAAACGGUGUAAUUUGAUACUUUUCCUUUAGAACGCGAACCAAAUGUGGUCCGACCAUUGAUCGUGUAAACGCUUGGGGGUGCCCUUCAUCUACUUGUCCUCGGUGGAUUCGCUGCCGCUGGGAAUUGGCGCAUGAAACAUUCGGCAGCGCGCUGGUGUCGUGAUCAAUUAUAUCCAGUGUCGGGACCAGCGUUGCAAAACCUGAAAGUGACUGAGUGCUACUAGCGAUACAAUGUUGUAACUUGAGUCGGUGAGACAUCCGCUAUCCGUACAGAAGUCGUGGUAUUUUGACUUUGCGAAUUAAUUUAUUUGACAGUCGGAUUGCUCUCGGAUCGCAGUUUGGGACAGUGUGCAGCAUCAUUGUGGACGUAGCCAAAAGGCAAAGAUACGGACAGCAAACCGAAGACAUCUUUUGGAGGUACGGUCGUAUGGGAGAACGAAAAUAUACGGCUCCCAUGUAACGGCGUUUCGGGUUACCGACGGCGGCCAAACACCAUCUCCAACCGGUGUGGUUAAAAUUUUGAAAUUAAAUAUUUUCCCGCUCGACUGAAUCGCGUGGGACCGUCGUCGACGUUGUGUACUCGAGAUAUUAUCGGUGGUGACGUUACGUAUGUGAUCCGUUCCAACGCCGUGCCAUUGUAACGCUCCCGCGGGUCCGCAUUCCUUUCGCCCAUCGCAUCGGACGUUCAUUCGUUCAGGGCAUGUGAAACGGAUCGAAUUUCACAAUCGAAAAAGCGCGUUCCGUGGCGUGCGAGGCCAACAGAAAUCGAACAUUUGUUGAACUGGCGCACCAAUCACGAUCGAUUGGUCAGUCGGUAGCGUAAACACCCGGAUCGGGAAGAUUCCAUGGAUCUAGUCAUGGCUGCGCCAGCAAAAAGUUCUUCACCCCACAGGGUUAAGGUCAAGAAGGAACUUUGCAGUGAGCCGGACAACAUUAAGGAUUUCGCCGAGACAGCCAUGAACGAUAUCCUCGGCUGGUACGGUUACGGGGACAGUGUGGAUCGUAUCGAUAUCACUCUGCCGACGUCCGCCACCCCAACCCCGACAGGAGGUGGCGAAUCGAAUCGCUGCAACAGCACCGGCAGCAGCAGCAACUACAACAAGGAUAACAAUAACGGCACAAGUAAAGGCUCUUCCACGUUGAAAUCGAAGCACAGCAAGGCUCAGCAGCAACAGCAGCACAAGUCGAGGCAAUUCAAUAUACGGCGGCAGCAGCAUAAUUCCAGCGAGUUACGUGAUACUAUUGCAUCGGUAGCAGCCGUCGUCACAUCAGGUGUAGCCUCUCCGGCGUCACCGUCGUCUUCGUUAGGAAAGGCUGCUGCCACCGGGGGUACAGCUGGUGGUGGUGGGGGUGGCAAUAAUACUAUCGCUUCUACCAAUAAUAGUAAUGAUAGCAGAGGUAGCUGCAGUAAUAACAACAACAAUAACAACACUCGAAACGGUGUUAAUUUACACCAUCACGGAGAAAGCUCAACUUCCGAGAAGGACAGCUCCCGGGAAAGCUCUAAGAGUCCGAUGCUGGUGAAGAUGCUGGACAAACAAGAACCCGUUUGUCAGUGGUGCUGCCGGGGUGUGCCCCCAAAUCAGACCGGCAUUCUCGGUACAACAGAGGGAACAAUCUUCUGCUCCGAGUCGUGCUUUUCCCAGAGCCGCCGUGCUUCGUUCAAGCGGGCCAAAACGUGUGACUGGUGCCGGCACGUGCGUCACGCCGUUAGCUAUGUGGACUUCCAGGACGGGGUUACCCAGUUGCAGUUCUGUUCAGACAAGUGUCUCAAUCAGUACAAGAUGCAAAUUUUCUGCAACGAAACACAAGCUCAUCUGGACAUGAACCCGCACCUGAAGGAAAAGAGCACCGCGACAGGAGGCAACCUGAUUACACCUGACCUCUGGUUAAAGAACUGCAAAAGCCGAUCAGCUUCACCUGCGACGGACCGAUCGGAAUCAACUUCACCUACUCCAUCGCUGCCGAUGCGGCCAUCACCGGAACCGUCCCCAGUGAUGCAAUCUCCUCCUGCUAAGAAACCGUUGAUUUCGGUUGCACCAGUCUCUAAGUUGCUGUCCAAAAACCUGCAGGUGACCAUAACUCGAUCGCCUGUCAAAACGACGCGCAAGCGUCGCACAGCUCUUCGUCCGAUACAGCAAACCGUACUGGGAUCUCGAAGAGUCGCAAGCGGCAAAGGCGAUUUCUCACAAAUCAACCACAACAACAAUAAUAAUUCAAAUGUGUUAAACAACAAUUUGACUGUGAACAGUGCGACAAUUAUGUCCAAACCUGCCACCGCAACUAGUUCCAACGUUCAAGAUCUCCGUUCAAGCAUCUCAAUUCCACAACUUUCACACCCAAAGAAAUUCGAAAACCUAGAACCUUCUUCAAACCCUCGACCUACGUUGAACCUCCCACCUCCAUACAUGCAGCUGCCGCCAACUGCAGCUCCUAUGCGUCAUCCUUUCUUUCCGAUGAAUCCUGCCUUCCGCUUUGGGACACCUCCACCGCAGUCACCAAUGCCACCGCCUCCACCUGUCGGCAACCUACCACCAAACAUCGACAAUUCAAAUCGUCCACCAGCUUCAAUACUGGGUUUGCCGGCACCACCAGUUACCAUUCUUGUUCCGUAUCCUAUCGUCAUUCCACUUCCGCUGCCCAUCCCGAUUCCUAUCCCUUUAGUUGACUUCCUCAAAGCAACCUCCAGUGAGCAGAGCGCCGAAUCAACUAAGGUUGAACCGGCGAAAAGUGUGUCGCCGCUUUCCAACACUGAACAGUCAACCAGUCGCACUGAUGGUCGAACAGUAAUGAGUGAAGCUGAGCUCGAGGAGGACGCGGCACAAGACGAUUCACCGCUGGAUUUCACCACCGUCAGCCAUGAACAGCGCCUACAAAGGGAAGCUACCGUUAUUCUGCCCUUCGAGCAAUCUGCAGAGCCAGAAAGUUACACCCUAGAGGCAGUCAGCCACGAUGAGCAAACAGUGGACGAUGGCGACAAAAUUCCCGAGCAAAAGUUGCCGAAGUUUAAAAUUACUAGACUUAGUUCAAAGUGUGCAGAGAGCGAUGAGGUGACCGGCGAACAGUCCAGUGAACGUUUGGGGAGCGCUGAAAAGAAACGGCAGGAAGACCGGGAGGAGGAGGAAAGUCGCGACAUGGUGGAAAGAAGUAGACCCUUGCGGAAGCGAAAACGGUUGGCAAUGGUGGUACAUCACGAACAGGUCGAGGGUAAAUUGUUACGUGAAAGUGAUUCCGGUGAUGGGAAGGGUUAGGGCGUUUAGGUGAAGACUGCUGCAUUAAAUUGGUCUUGAGUGGACCGCCCUUACUUAGUAGGGAUUUUCCUAGAGAUUACUGUGGGCUGAGAAUGAAAGCACGAAUCCCUAAAUAAUGACGAAUAUGCAGUUACCUGGUUUAGGAUUGCUGCUAUCGCAGUUCUUGAGCGAGCAGAGAAUGAGGGAUAGGUCUUGAUCAUUACCAUUGUCAUUGUAUCACGGUUGUUGAUCGUAAUCGUAAUAAAAGGGAACGGAUAAAAGCACGUAAAUUCAUUUUGAAACUCAUGUUCACUCAAUAUGACGUCUCAAGUCCACACAGUCUCCACCAUUUAGACUUUAAAUGCAAUUGAAAAUAAAUGUAUUUAUUAGGAACUUCUCGAAAGAGGCUUCAAGACGCAGUAGUUUUUCUCAAGUGAGCUUGGUUUAAGCUCCUAAUCAGUGAGUUGGAGUUUCCAGAUCAUUUUUUAGAGCAGAAGGAAAAAAAAGAUCCAUGAAAUGAUAAAAAUAUUGCUAGCAAAAAGUUCUUAUAUCAAUAAGUUCUAGUGGACGGUUCGGUAUCAGAAGCGAGUUGUUUCAUAUAUCUGUAAACAUGUAGAAAAAUAAUCAUACGUUUAUUAUAUUGGUCUAGUCGUAGAUUUGCCGUUGAUCAGUAAUUGUUCAAAUUAAAAGCUAUUAAACGUGUGUAAGCGAAUCGUGUGUACUCUAGAAGAACGUUCGCUCCACUAA